AUGUCGGGACGUGGCAAGCAAGGAGGUAAGGCGCGAGCAAAGGCCAAGUCUCGUUCUUCGCGGGCGGGGCUCCAGUUCCCCGUGGGGCGAGUCCAUCGUUUACUACGCAAAGGCAAUUACGCCGAGCGGGUAGGCGCUGGGGCCCCGGUGUAUCUGGCGGCGGUGCUGGAGUACCUGACGGCCGAGAUCCUGGAGCUGGCGGGCAAUGCGGCGCGCGACAACAAGAAGACCCGCAUCAUCCCGCGCCACCUGCAGCUGGCCAUCCGCAACGACGAGGAGCUCAACAAGCUGCUGGGCCGUGUGACCAUCGCACAGGGUGGUGUGCUGCCCAACAUCCAGGCGGUGCUGCUGCCCAAGAAGACCGAGAGCCACCACAAGGCCAAGGGCAAGUAA